AUUAUUAACUUAUCUCAGUGGAAAGCACUAGGGUUGACCAAUUACACUCUCCGAAUUCUUCCGGUAUCUUUCUAGAUCACCUAUAAUCUGCGUCAAGAUGUCGUCCCCGGAUAGCAGCGACUGCGACAGCGAUGUCACCGAACUCGAAACUGGUGUUGUUGACAUGAUUGAGGAGUUGACCGAAGUCAUCGAUGAGCAGGUCACUGAAGAGCCAAAUGUCGAAGGGAACGAAGAGGAAGACAAUGGACCAUCGCGCAUUCCAAAUCUGCUCAAGAACAUGUUAAACCUCACCCAGUACAACGAGGGAGACACCGGUCGUAACUACAAUAUCCUCAAAGAGAAGUAUGAUGAUCAGCUGAUGAUUAUCAAGGCCUACGGAAGACAGAUUGAGGAGAAGGUUAAGAUGAUAAGAUCGCUGAAGAAUCGAACCACCCGUGAGAGACGUAAACUCGAGAAAAGGACCAAGGAGUUGGAAGACCGAAUUAAUGGGAUCAGCGAACCUCCCGUGCCGUGGAGUCACAAGCUCAGAGAGUUCCUUCAGGGCGAAACAGGGGAUUACGGCACGAUUUUUCGCGACAGUUGCAAGCAGGAGAACAUGUCGCAGAAGAUGACGGUUCUUCAUCCCAGCUUAGGUCUACGGCAUGAAGUGGUAUCUGAACAGACCCUCCUACUUCGUCGCGAACGCGCGCGAAAUAAAUACGAUACAUCACCAGGCGACUUUCUAUCUCAUCGUCGAUUCAUGGCACUGAUCCUGCCGAGUAUCUUUAUUACUGUCCAGCCAAUAUAUCACCGUCUAUUAGGGCAACCAACAUUUCCGUUUGAGAGAUUGCCUGCUGAGAUUCAAGUCAAGAUCUUUGCCCGCGUUUUCGUAAAGAGUCCUCUUGUCCACUGCCUAUCUCGGCUGGACCCCCUGAACCCGCCCCUCCAGGAAGACUUUCCAAAGAAGGACACGAAAGGCGAAAGUCAAUUGCCAACCGGAUUCCAUUUCAGCACACGCCCAUGCCAAAUCGCACUAAUGCGCCGACCACAUGAUGUACUCGAUCCUCUCCUAGUUUGCAAAAGAUGGUACUACGUCGGGGUACACGCGUUUUACGGAGCAAAUACAUUCGCGUUUAGCUCAUUAGGCGAAUGGCAUCGUUUUUGCAACGGCAUUGGCAUGGCACGUGUGGAGAGGCUUGUGAAUGUCGAACUCAUGUGGCAUGGCUCUAACAUGCGUCGACAUAAGACGAGAAUCUCUCGUCGCUCGGUCGGGCUGUCCUGGUUUACUAAGACGAGACGUCUUCGGACACUUGUAGUGCACAUCCAGGAGUCGGCGAAAGAUAGGAGGAGAAGGAAAUACGAGAACCCGGAUAAGGUAUGGAAUUCUGAAGAUGACGAUGACGAUGACGACGAUUAUGAAGAGGAAGAGGAAGAGCAGCUCUUCGUCAGCGAGAAUGGUAGUAACGGCAAUUACGGCAACGGCCGCAAAGGUAAUCGCAGCAAAGUUAAUAAUAACAGGGAUAAUCACAGCGACGAUGAGGACACUUGUCGCCCCUCAGACGUACCAUUCAAUCCCGUUGCUGCGCUAAUGAAGGAAAACAAAAACCGCCAAAAGCUCCGAUCAAUGCGAACGGUACAGGGUAUGGAUUACAUUUACCAGCUCCGCGGCAUGAAGUGGAUUCGCUUCAAAGAGCGUGACGGCGUACAAAAACGACAGUCGAUUCUAGACCCAUCAUUCCUCGAAGACAUAGGAAGAGCCGUGACUCAGCCAAAGCGCCGAAGCGCAGAGAUCAAGAGCGAGCUCAAAUACUUAUUACCCCUGAAGGGCCUCGAAGACUGGAUUCCAUCGGAGAAGGAUAUGAGAAUCGUCGAGGCCUUCUAUGAUGAAUCACCUAAUGUGGACUGGGCUUAUGGCUAUGGGAACUCCGAUGAUGAAGACCUUGCUGAAGAUGAUUUGGAAAGCGACUACGAAAGUGUUGCUGGGUCAUUAUUGGAUGACGAAGAUGACCCAGUGCCUCCUGGGUCUCCAGAGACUCUUAUGACACCACCUGCUACUCCUCCCAAUCGAGCUGAACAAUACAGACAGAAGCGUGAUGACAAAGCUAGUGAAAAUGCUAGCGAUGAUGACGACAGAUCAAGUGGCCUAUUUGUGAGCUCGCGUUCCAAUUCAACUAUCACCCCUUCGGAGAGAAUGGAAGUAGACAAGGAAGAGCCCCCUGGAAACGGUGAUGGGAAUGCAUUAGGCAAGAAUUUAGAGAAUAAUCCACACCCUGAUCCAGGUCUUAGUUUUGGUAGCGCUGGUCCCUUAGAUCCGAUUACAAUCGAUCUCACAGGCGACGACGACGAAGAGUCACUCUUCGUCCCCACAUCCUCGCCGGGCAGAUCUGUCAAGAUUGAGCCUGCCGAUGGCCAUUCCCGAGGCCCAUCCAUCGACCCAACGACGCCAAACCAGAAUAAUAACGACGAUGAUAGUGAUGAGUCAACCGGAUGGGACUAUGAAUCUGAAAGCGACAGAUUCUACCAGGAAGAUACCCCGCCCGGAGACGAUGAACUUCUUAUCCAAGAACCAAUUCCUCCUCCUCGUCCCCCGCGCAAGCGACCGAGCAAGAAGAAUUCUGAGAGUGGUGGAUCGUCGACGAAACGCCGAAAAUUGAAUUCGUCAACUAAAUCCAAGGGUUAAUUCCUUACAGUGCAUUUCAUCCGGAUGGUAUCGGCCUUAGUUCAAUGACCUAGAUUCUUCAUCACACUUUAUCUACCGGUCCCAAUUUGUUAUUGACUAAGAAUCUUGAUCUGCUGAAAUUUCGCUGGAAAUAUCACUAGCAUAUCCAAAGGCAA